UAUUUUCUGUACUUUCUUUUUGAAAGCGUUAAGCAUGGCACAAGAAAGAGUGAUCGCUCUGGUGGACAUGGACUGCUUCUACGUGCAGGUGGAACAGCGGAGGGAUCCGUCCCUGAGGAAACCGUGCGCUGUUGUCCAGUAUAAGAAAUGGCAAGGGGGAGGGAUUAUUGCCGUAGGAUACGAGGCACGAGCGAAGGGUGUGACAAGACAGAUGCGAGGGGACGAGGCUAAGAAGAAAUGUCCAGAGAUCACCCUGGUCAGGGUACCGGAGUCUAGGGGCAAGGCUGACCUCACCAGAUACCGUGAUGCGGGCCGUGAAGUGAUUGAGGUGCUGUGUAAGUUCAGCAGGUGUGUGGAAAGAGCCAGUAUUGAUGAGGCUUACAUCGACCUUACGGAGGAGGUUAUGAAGAGGAUGGAGGAGAGGGGACCAGACUGUGUCACUGUGGACAUGCUGUCUUCUACACACGUCGGUGGCUGGCAAACAGAGACUGAUGGACAGAAUUCUUCUGAGGGGGUUAACUUAGAUGAUCGAGCUGUUGGAGUGUUCCAGUGGCUGGACAGCCUGAGGAAGAAAGAUGCCAGCAUGUACGACCGACGUCUGGCCAUGGGAGCAGCCAUUGCUGAGGAGAUGAGGGCUGCAGUGGAGAGGGAAACUGGCUUCCACUGUUCUGCUGGCAUUGGGCAUAACAAGGUUCUUGCUAAGCUGUGCUGUGGACUUCACAAGCCUAAGCAGCAAACUGUCCUUCCUCAUGCCUCAGUCCCACAGUUGUACAGCACACUCCCCAUCAAGAAAGUAGCCACUAUGGUCCUUCAUUGGCUGUCUCAGCUGUCUUCAGAACUGGCUGAGAGAUUACAAAAAGACAGGGAGAUGAAUAACCGUGUGGCAAAGCUGCUGGUGGUUGGCUUCCGUAACGACGGCAACCCUUCCACCUCUGCCUCCCGCUCCUGCGCCAUCCAUAGGUACGAGGCAGACCAGCUGUGUAAGGAUGCCUUCAUCCUGCUCAAACAGUUCAACGUGGCAGGGAACCAUCAAUCUGCAUGGUCUCCAGCAAUCAUGAACCUCCAUCUCAAUGCCAGUAAGUUCAUUGAAGAGGGUGGUACAGCCAGCGGCAACAUUGCUACCUUCUUGAGUAAGACACAGAACAACAAAUCAUCGCAACUUUCAAGUGUGAGUAAACAAACUAAAGAGGAAACAAGUAGAAGGGCACAGCAUGGAGCCAAGGAAGAGAAGAGGAUAUCUGGAAUACAAGCAUUUUUUUCUCAGAGCCACAAGAAUGCUGCAAGUCAAGUGGAAAGGGAGAUUAAAACAACAAUAGGAACACCAGUACAGGUAAAAACCUCCACCCCAAAUGCUGGCACAGGACAGGCACAGUUUAAACAAAGCACAGAGCAAGAUGGAACGUCCAGAUGGGAAGGCAUUCCCCUGACAGCCCAGUUAGAAGGGUCACCAAGGAAAACUGGUUUCUUUGCUGCAAAGUCAUCUUCUGUGUCAGGAAGUGUCCAAUCCAUGACAAAUGCACACAGUUUUGAUGAUAGACAGGAGGAAUUGCAGGGGAAGGCCAGUGACAAAAGUUCCGUCAACACAAACAGUAAUAGUCAUCCCUCUGAUAAGCCACAAACUCAGGUCAAAAGUUACACUCAGAAGACAGGACCUGAUGAUGCUAACUGCACUGCUAGCAAUUCAGAUUCCAGUAAAGAAGGACCACAGGAGGGAAGCCCAGAGUCAGACAGGCACAGCUGCACAACUGUGCUUGUGGACAGGUGUGUGCCUGUAACAGAAGACACCUCCUGCCAGCAAGUGGAUGCAGAAGAUGUAAUGAAAUGUGAGAAGUGUGGGGAAGACGUCCUAGCCUGGGAGCUUCCUGAACACUUAGACUUCCACUUCGCCAUGGAGCUACAGCAACAACAAACUUCAAACAGCAUCAGUGCCGUGUCUCAUGGGAGUGGCAUUAAUGCCAGCAGGGCCACGGCAGGUACUGCCAAGAACACUGGCAAGAGACGGGGUCGUCCCCCCAAGAGACAAAAGAUUGACCAUCCAACACUUGAUACUUUCUUCAAACACAGCAACUGAACAUUGUUGUCUACCAAACCAUGAAAAUGAAUAUUUACAAUGUAUGUCUCAAAAGACAUGUUUUCUUGAACAAAAUGAGUAUGUUUAGUCGUGUAGUAUGUAAGUUAUUGUACAGCUAUAUCAAAUAUUAAGUUUAUGAACUGUUUAUGUCCAACUUAAGAGUUUUAAUGGUGUGAAUGUGUGGUUAUUAAGUAAUUUCUUAUAAUGUUUUCAUAUGCCUGCUGCAAGUCUUUUGUACUUUUUUAUGAUAAGCAUAUGUAUGCAAAUAAAAUGUAUUUAUCCAAAUUUGAUAGAUAGCUUAUAUUGGAGAACUCUGUUAUUCAUAGACAGCAAAACUAAAUCAUCUAAUUCUUGCUACAUUUAAAGUAAUAAAAGAAUCAGACAUGACUCUUGUAGUUGCCUUUGAUAUCUGUAUGUCAUGACACAUUUUAUUUCUCUCAAAGUUGUCAUACACAUCUUCAAAGUCAGAGAACAUGAAAAAAUAAAGAAUUUUGGUUCGUUACCCCCCAAAAUACACAGUAAUUUAAAACACAUCAAUAGUUAAUGUAAGAAAAUGGCAAUGAUGUAUACACUUCUGAAAAUGAGCAGUUGCAAUGUCACAACCCUGGUGGCAUUGAAAUCCAAUAUCUAAUAUAUGGUGAUACAAAUAGUACAUCUCAUGUGUAAGAUAGUAUUACUAACUAAUGAUCAAAAGUCGAAACACGUAAUAGUACAUGUAUGUACUGAGGCAGGCUGUCAUUGUUCCCUUUCUCCCAUGUCUGUAGACAAACUAAGUAAUUAAGUACUGCAUGUGUACAUAAACAUCUGUCCACUCAAAAUUUUGACCAGAGCAGAAAAGCUUUCCCUAUACCAAGGUGGAUUUAGGCAAUCCAUGAAACAACCUUAAUAUCUACCUACAUGUAUUCAUCUUGGUACUCAUACAUACCUAGGUUAGUUAAACUUUGUACAAAGGGACGGCUCAAGAAUACUAGUAACUUUCCAUGGAUAUACACAUUUAUUGUAGGUGACAGAAACCCUUUCAUUUCUGAUGGACUCUACAGCAAUUGUUUCCAUAACAAGAUAUACUGAUUGAAAAUAAUUGCACAUAUCUAGAGCAUGCUAUAUCAACAAUGUACAAGCAGAAAUUAGUUUUCAGCGCACGGUGCUGUAAGAAAGAAUACAUCUAAGUGUUAUUGCAGUAUGCAUAUACUUGGUUAAAAUAUAUUAGCUAUAAUUUCACGGUUACACAUGAUAUAUACAAUCAUCUAUUGCAGCAGAAAGAAUACAAUUGCUACGGAUUGGCACUGACGUUAUAUCUAGCAUGUGUGUUGAAUUUCACCAUAGUUUGACAGAAAGUGUUCUCUAGUGAACAUUAUUUCCUGCCAAUGAUUCCACGGUGUAACCUUCGUCAAUAAUGAAUAGAAGUCGGGUAGCCAACUGCCAGCAGUUAGCUCUGGUGCAUCUUCAAAUUCCAUGGAGAUUUUUAUCAGAAGAAGAAUAGAUCUUAAUACUAGUAGUUCUCUGAUUGGUACAUGAAGGUCAUUUCUGUCAUAGUGAAUAAAUGCCAAGUUGGAGGCUGUUGACAGGUUGAUGACCCUGGCUGUUGACAGGGCUGGGGACUGCAUGGGGGGUAUACGUGCUGAUUAUGCCUCACAGGAGAAAGGCAUGUACAUGUAAGUCCCCGUGUGAGAGCCACUGUACAGAACAUGGUUUUCUCAGUGCAACCUCAUUAAAAGUGAAGAGCAUGAGAAUCUUUACUUGUACGUGCCAAUCAGAUCAGACUACAUGUAGUGUGAAAAAGAGGGUCUUCACUCAUGCUUGCAACGGGAAUGUCAUUAGGCUUGUCAUUUGGAAAAACGAUAAAAUAAUUAACUGUGAUGGUUGUGAGCAAAUAUGCGUCAAUCCUCCUAUCUCUAGAGGCAUAUGCGAAACAAAAACUGACAGAUUUGACAUUUGCUCAUUGAAAUUUGAUCCUUGAAGGCCACAUUGAUCCAAUUCCUUGGCUUUGACGAAAAUAAUGGAAUGGGUAGGAGGGAUGAAAUUGAAA